AAGUUUGCGUUUCGUUCCGACGCCUUCCUCCGAACUGACAGCUGUCAGCGGCGACGAGCUGUCAAAAUUCCACGUAAGCGUUCUUUCGUUUCCGGCAUCUCGUACUGCUUAGGAACACAUUUCGAUUAAUUAAAAGCUUUCAGUCUUUUAAUUAUCCACACAAUGGCCAAGACCAAGACGGAGAAAAAGGCGAAAUCCGCCAUCAACGAAGUGGUGACCCGCGAGUGCACCAUCAACCUGAACCGGCGCCUGCACAAGGUUGGCUACAAGAAGCGCGCCCCGCGUGCCGUCAAGAUCGUGCGCAAGUUCGCCGAGAAGGAGAUGGGAACCAAUGACGUGCGAAUUGACACCCGCCUGAACAAGGCUCUGUGGCACCGCGGAAUCAGGAACCCACCCUUCCGCAUACGUGUGCGCCUGUCCCGCCGCCGCAACGACGAUGAGGAUUCGCCCAACAAGCUGUACACCCUGGUCACCUACGUGCCGGUGUCCACUUUCAAGGAACUGCAGACGGAGAACGUUGAAUCGACCGAGGAUUAGAUGCUGUAAAUUAACUUACAACAAAAUAAGUACCCCCUGUCCGGGAUAGCGUAAGUCGGAUGGUUCAACUUGUUGCGUUUUUGUGAGUUGGAAUGAAAGAUCGGAGGAGAGCAGAUGUGAAAAAAAUACAAGAAAAGCCCAGGUGGAAAAAAAUUAAAA